UUUUUUUUUGCUUUGUUCUUUUCUUUUGUUUGUACACAUUCUAUUUACAUUUACAUUUUAUAUUUAUUUAUAUUAAUAAACAUAUACAAAACAAUUAUGCCUUCAACAAUUCAGGAAAAUAAAUUAUUUUAUUCACCAUUUGAAACCGAAUUUCAUAAGAAACGUUCAUAUCUUAAAUCAACAACAAAGAGUCGUAGAGGCAUAAGAUCAAUUCGCUCUAUAAAUUUAAUUUCGAAUACAACUCAACAAAAUAAAUAUUAUCAAUUGACAGUGACUGAUCCGAAUUCAUCAUGCAAUAAAAAGGAUUUCUUAGGUUUAUUGCCUUACGAAAUUUCUUCUCAGAUCAUUUUAAAUUUGGAUAUUUAUAGUUUAUGUCAAAUAUCCACCGUUUCAAAAACUUGGUAUAAACUUGUUCGGUCGAAUGAUAUUUGGAAAAGGAAUGUGAUUUCAAGAUGGAAUAUAAGUCAUAGACAUAUUCAAUUAGAUUGGUAUCAUUUUUAUAAACAACGUCAUAUCUUAAAUUCAAGAUGGGAAACAGGACGUGUAGCUACUCAUAGUCUGUAUGGACAUCAUGAUAGUGUCUAUUGUCUUCAGUUUGAUAAAAUCAAGAUGAUGACGGGGAGUCGCGACAAGACGAUUAAAAUCUGGGAUCUUCGACGAUACCAAUGUGUGGGUACACUCUAUGGUCAUGAAGGAAGUGUACUCUGUUUAAAAUACAAUGAUCAAUUCAUCAUCUCCGGUUCCUCUGACACGACGAUUAUUGUCUGGAGUAUGGCUACACUCCAGCCUCUCAUGCGUCUCUAUGGUCAUACCGGAGGUGUUCUUGAUUUGUGUUUUAAUCAUCAAUAUAUCAUCAGUUGUUCUAAAGAUAAAUCGAUCCGAAUUUGGGAUAUUAGAACAGGUCGUUUAGUUCGAACCAUCUUGGGUCAUGUGGGUCCUGUGAACGCUAUCCAGUUAGAAGGUGAUAGAUUAGUAUCUGCCUCAGGUGAUGCCCUUAUUAAAAUGUGGAAUAUCCAUACUGGUGAAUGUCUUCGUAAAUACGUCGGCCAUACACGUGGCUUAGCCUGUGUUCGUUUUGAUGGUUCCAGGAUCGUGAGUGGUUCAAAUGAUAAAACGAUCAAAGUUUGGAAUGCAGAGACAGGUGAAUGUCUUUUAAGUUGUGAAGGACAUACAGACCUCGUAAGAUCAUUGAGUUUUGAUAAAGAUCGUAUUAUUAGUGCAAGUUAUGAUCAAACGAUUCGAGUCUGGGACAUCAAAACGGGUACAUGUCUUCUUAACUUUCAAAAUGGUCAUUCUAGUUGGAUUUUUGAUGUUCAAUUUGAUUCGACAAAAAUUGUUAGUACAAGUCAAGACAAAACAAUACUUGUUAUGGAUUUUACCUUUGGAUUAGAUACCCAAUUCUUUUAAAAGAAAAGAAGAAGAAGGAGAAAAAACAAGCAAGGGAGAAAGAUGUUUAUUGUAUAUAUCUAUACACACACACACACACACACACACACACUCACUCACUCACUCAUACAAAUAUAUCAAUGAUUAUGUACAUAUUUAUCACUGUAUUAUUAUUAUAUGCCAUAAAUGUAU